UUUACUUAUGUUACAGUUGCUGUUACUUGAGCAUAGAAAUCCAAUAAAUUAGAACCAGUCUGUAAAUUUGCCUGAGUCUAUAUUUGUAAAUCAAUCGAAGAAAAAUAUUAGAAAUGGCGGCACGUUCAAAUUAUUCUCCGGCUACAGGAGGACAAUUUCGUGCAACGAAAGUUUGGAAAACUCUUAUAGAACAUCUACAUGAGAACGCCAAUGUUAAACGAAGACGUAAUGUAAAGAAGUCGUACGAUGAAUGCUUCACAGGUUCGAAUGCAGUCGAUGUACUUUUCCGUUUUGUUCGUUUGCACCCCGAGCAAUUCUCCAGCACUGGUUCUAUCACGCGUGACAACAUUAUCCGACUGUGCCAAGCGUUUCUCGAUAACAGCGUAUUCGAGCCAGCGGGGGGCAGUAAUGAGUCCAACAAACAAAUCAAGUUUGACGACUCAACCACUUCCUUGUACCAAUUCUCAUCUUCGACGAAUGAAAUGAACUUAAAACCCCUCACGAACCGACAAGUGCUAAGAGAGAUAGAUGGAGACUUAAGAAACGGUUUAGACCAUAUUUCAAUCUCUACCGAAAACACAAAAGGCAACACCCCACGUGGGAAGAACAUCCUCAUACCUACAAGGAAACAUGGGACUUCACGAUCACGAUUCCCAUCGUUUGGUGGAUUGUCUGCACAGUCUUUCAAAGGAACCUUCAUGACGGCAGCUACAAUGCACAGCAGUGGUUCUGAUGAAGAGAACGCAACAGACCAACGAGCAGGAAGGAAAUUAAAACGCUCAUCAAGUUUAGUUGGUGUGGUUGUGAAACGGUCGUCAUCUGAUUCUAAUCUACGCCGAGGAGUUUCAUCCGCCUCUUCCUCAUCGGACACCGAUCCCGAUGGUAAAAAGAAAUCGGACGAUUUAAACAGAGGGGGAAAGUUAAGAUUAAGCCAAAGAUUGUCGUUCCGUAAAAAAUCACUCAGCUCAGAGCAGGAAACCAACAUUAAACCUGUCAAUCAAGAACAAGGGACGCCAUUAAAGAAAAAGAAAGUUAAACCCCCAACCCCAGCAGUUGACCCCCGUCGUAAAAGUCUCGCCGUACGAUGUGAGAAACCGACCCGAUCGCUUCGUCGAUUACUUUCCACCCCCUCCCUUCACCCUAAGAAUAAAAUGACAUCACAAAGACCUCAUUGUGACGAGCCAAAGAACCUCGACAGGAUACCUCCGUUGCCGUUACAUCACAGACGAGACACCAACAACAACAAUGGUGGAAAUUGUAUAAAAACUCCCACUCAUCGACACCUAAGGUGUGAACGAAACAUGGAACAAACCCCACAAACUACAAGUUUCAAAUCAAAAACAUCAAAUAAGAUGAGAACCCCGUUCAAGGAUGCCUCUUUAACACCAUCUAAUGGUAUAAAGGAAACUCCUUCUAGAUUAAAAUCAACGAGAAGAAACUUAAGUUCAUUAUCAGGUUUGACGCUUCGUAUGACAAGCAAACGAAAAUCACUCGGACGUUCUGACGCUUCAUCAUCUCGCAUCACUGGUUCUUGUGUGAUUAAGAAUCAAUCGGUUGCCAACGGUAACGCAAAGGAAAGUGAGAAAGACAGCACGGGGGGUAAAACGAAGAAUGUGGAACGAAAAUUAUCUCACCAAGAAAUCUUACACCUACGUCGUGAGUGUGUUCGUGUACGUUUGCUGCAAAUUCUUGACCUACAGUUUGUUGAUAGUUUGAUUACCUCUCCAACUUUUGAUAAGAAAACCGGUUGGGACCUGUUUGGUGGAGCUGGUUCACAUGGUGUGCAAUAUAGUGAGGUAGUGGCAGCUUAUAACAAUGAGGAUAGUUGGAUUUCAUCAGCGUUAUCCGUGUUGCAACAUUUGCCAAACGGAUACGAAAUACUUUGUAAACAUGCUCGUGACACGCCAGCAAUGAAGAAAAUUAAAUUAUUUUUCUCGAUAUCCGAUUAUUACAAAUCGCUGAGUCAACCACUUAUUGAUGAGUCGUACUCUGAAAUCAUUGAAGCGUUGAUCACAAUGUUAGAAACGAAACCGGUCCCUGAUUGUUUGGAAGCGAUCCAACUAUUCUUCCAUCUUCUUCCUGAACCUCGCUUGUUUGAACUUCGGGAUUUAUUUACUUUCCUUUAUUACGUUGUGGCCAACUCUGAUGUGUUGCUAACUCCCAAGUGUAACAACAAAGUCCUCGUCGUUCAAACUUUUGUUGCUCCCGUGCUCCACCGCGUGGACAUCGUUCCCGAUCGUCGAAUCUCGGGUCUCUUCCUCUUCGUGAUGGAACAGCGCCAUCGAGCGUUCAGACUUCCAACCUCCGUUGCCUCGACGAUGGAAAGAAAGAGAAAGUUGUUGGAAACUGGGGAAGUUGAGAGUCCUACGUGUGUUCCUGAUUCCGUAUUCUGCCGUAUGAUCACCAGUAAGGAAUACAACAGACAGCGAGUAGAGUUCACCCAACAUCAUAUAUCGGAACUUGCGCGAGCGCUUGCUACAAACCAAUCAAAUAUUGCUCCAAAGAAAAAGAAAGAAAUAUUGAAGAAACUCCAGGCCACACAUUCUUCUGCGUACGAGCGCUCUCGGGGCCCAAUGCGCGUCCCCCAUGUGCACCCCGUGUCACCUGAGCCCCCUCUACCCCCUAAACCGACCCCAUCUGUUUUUCUACGCGCCCCGAGCUCGGACCCUCUUUCUCGACGAAGAAAUAAAGCUCGUCGUAAUCAAACUUAUCUCUGAUUCACUGUGAAAAUAUUUUACCUUCAAAAUCUAACCUU